AUGGCACCGCGCGGAUCAACGAAUCCCGCUCCUAGGACCGAGUCAGCGCGGUCUGCGCUCAGCUCCUUCACCUGCGCCCUCUGCAAUAAAUCUUACUCCCGCCAUCCGGAAUAUGAGGCACAUAUUGGCUCAUACGACCACCAGCACAGAAAGCGUCUGCAGGAUCUUAAGCAGUUAACACGUGAUCCAAAUGCUGUGGAGAAGAACCGCCGGGCAGAACGUAAAGCCGAUGCCCAAGCUGGUCUGAAAGUCAUUGAGACUGUGGAAAAUGUGAUACCAAGUGGAGGAGGAACGGGUUUCAAGAAGGGAGGUUUCAAAAGCUCAUUCGCCACUAUCAAGGGAACAGCGACCCCUGCAGCGCCGGUCAAGAAGAACGUUCUAGGAGACGACGAGGAAGAUAAUAGCCCCAAAGCUCAAGACGAUAAUCCAUCAGAUGUGGGCAGACCACAAAAGAGUGAAAAUGGCGAUGUCGAAAGUGACACCGAUGAGGAAUAUGGCCCAGAAGGACAUUAUGAUCCUCGCCGGCCAACGGACUGUUUUGCUGGGUGUGCUGCUCAAAAGGUCUGA